CCAUUGCAAUGGUAUGGCCCAGGAUGGCGCGGGGAGGGCAGGCGAUAAGAUCACUGAUGGCGAGCAGCGGAGCAAGAUGGUGGAAAGACAAAAAUACGCUGAUGAAAAGAAAGAUGAGCAGUCUGGAAGAGGGUGAAAGUGUCGAACAAGUUUUCGGGAAAGAUUUCAAACCCUUCGGUGACGUUUUGGUGCAUCCCAACGAAAAUGGCGAGAACUGCUUCAUAACAUACCUGCCAAAGUUCAUGCAGCCCCGGGCAGCAACUGAGCUCUUUGAACAUCUGCGUGACAAUGUUGAAUGGAGGAGAGAAGAAGACAGCGUCGGAGUACAGGAGCGACUGACGGCAUACUUCGGCGAUCCACAUUGUACCUUCGCCUACGUGGGACUCCGGCUCACCCCACAACCAUGGACUGGUAGUCUGCUGCCGAUCAAGAACCAUGUCAACUCUUUCUUCACCUCGCACGGGCUUCCUCCCCUUACAGCCUGUCUCCUCAACAACUACGAGCAGGGAGCAGGGCGGAUCGUGUGGCACCAUGACGAGGUGAGAGCGCAUGGCAGCUGUCCUCUCGUCGUCUCCAUCACCUUAUCACCUGAUGGUAAUCGGCUCUUUGAGUUCCGCCAUGUAGCAAGCAAGCGGCAGGUUUCUCUCCCCGUCCUCCAUGGCUCAGCUGUGGUGAUGGCAGGAAGGACGCAGCUUCAUUGGCAGCACAGGCUUCCGUGUACUCCAUCGCCUCAUCGCAUUUCCCUCACUUUCCGCUCCAUCGUACCAGGAUAUGAAGAAGGUCUGCUGGGAAGUUUGAAAGGAAUGGACGACUGUCAAUGACUCUCCUCUUACUUUCUUCAUGACGGAUUCAUCGAUUGAAAUUCGCUCAGGAAGUUUUACACUUGUGCCGAGUAGUACCUCACAUUUUCUUUGAACAACACAAAGAGUGAAGGGAAUGUUUGAUUG